UCAAGAAGAGCCUUUGUUUCGGCAAAGAUGCCGCGUCCGGCGAUGCCAUUUCCAGCGGUAGCCGUAACCCUGUGCGCGGCGGUGCUCGGCCUCGCCGCGCUCGGCGGCGCGCGGGCGCAGGAGCUGAGCCCCGGAUACUACGACGCCUCGUGCCCGCACGUCUACGACACGGUGCGGCGCGUGAUCCAGGAGGCGCGCACCGCCGACCCGCGCAUCCUCGCCAGCCUCCUCCGCCUCCACUUCCACGACUGCUUCGUCAACGGCUGCGACGGGUCGCUGCUGCUGGACGAGACCCCGACGACGCGCAGCGAGAAGGCGGCGGACCCGAACGACGGCUCGGCGCGGGGGUUCCCCGUGGUGAACGACAUCAAGGCCGCCCUGGAGCACGCUUGCCCCGGCGUCGUCUCCUGCGCCGACAUCCUCGCCCUCGCUGCCGAGAUCUCCGUUGAGCUGGCAGGAGGUCCGUACUGGAGGGUGAUGCUGGGCCGCAGGGACGGCAUGACGGCCAACUUCGACGGCGCCCAGAACCUCCCGAGCCCCAAGGAUCCGCUGGACAGUCUUACGCAGAAGUUCGCCAACCUCGGCCUCGACGACACCGAUUUCGUAGCGCUGCAAGGAGCACACACGAUCGGCCGCGCUCAGUGCCAGUCCAUCCAGGACAGGCUCUACAACUUCAGCGGCACGGAGCAGGCGGACCCGACGCUGGACCGUGCGUACCUCGCCGCCCUCCGGCAGCGCUGCCCGGCGGCGGCAGGCGGCGACGGCACGGGCCUGAACGACCUCGACCUGGCCACGCCGGACAUGUUCGACAACAGCUACUACGCCAAAAUCCGGUGCAACCGCGGCCUUCUCAGGUCCGACCAGGCAAUGCUCUCCGCGCCGAAGGAGGGCGCAGAAUCCACCGCCCCUAUCGUCGAGCGUUUCGCCAACAGCCAGGCCCAGUUCUUCCAAAGCUUCGCGACGGCCAUGAUCAAGAUGGGGAACAUCGCGCCGCUCACAGGGAGCAUGGGGGAGGUCAGGAGGAACUGCAGGGUGGUGAACUGAAGCUGAUGCUGUUCUGAGUUGUGAGUAUGGGUUGUUCAUUGCCGUAA